GCGGACGCCAAAUCAUCCAAACUCUCUGCAGGAACAGAAGGAGGACCUGCGGAAGCGUCUCUCCUAUACCACUCAUAAGCUGGAGCUUUUAGAACAAUACAGAGCAGUUACUCAGCAUUGCAACGGAUCAACCAGGACUUGGAGGAUAAAAUCCACAGAAAUGUGAACUGACCGACGAUGCACGCUCGCUUGCACAGAGACCAAAGCGGUGAUUGGGCCAGCUUAAUGUCGUUUAAAAAAAUAACCAAUGGGCUGCUGCUUAAAUGUCAGUGGGCCGGUCUGUCUAGAAAAAAAGACCCUAACUGGGCUGCUCAGACAAAAAUAGUAUGAGAUGUAUCGGCCCAAAAAGUACGUCGGCCCACCGGGAAACUGCCCGGUGUGCCAGAUGGCCAGUCCGCCCCUGCCUCAGUGGGAAGUCUGUGGGAAGGAAAAAAUGUGGCAAAAAACGCUGCACAACGAGAAGAGGUGACUGGACCCUAAGGAAGAUUUUGGAGAAGGACCGAUUCCAGACCUUGGGGGACCUGCGGAAGCAGUGGACUGAGUCUGGAGUAGAAACAUCCAGAGCCACCGUGCAGAGGCGUGUGGAGGAAAUGGACUACAGGUGCCACAUUCCCCAGGUCAAGCCACUUUUGAAUCAUAAACAUUAAAAACAUAUUCACACUUUUUGGACAUAAAGUUAUAUGGUAACAUGAGCCACAUGAAGUUUACAGCUCUGUUGUUUAUCAGUUUCUUAUACAAGUUAAGUUUUUGAAAAGGGUGUGUUCCCAAAUAAACUGAAAAUGUCCUACUGACCCUCAUUUCUAUUUUGAUUAUAUUGUUAACUUCUUAAUAAACCUCAAACAAACAUGUAUACAUUUGUCCUCACAUUCUUUACUGUAGUUCCCUCCUGCCUCAUUAUGCAGCUCAUUAUGUGAGGCUUUGUUUGCUAGCUGUCAAUCAAUCCUUCUCGCAUACGGCCCCUCUAAACAAAAAGUGUCUUACAAUUUCUAAAUAAAUAUAUUGGUUUAUGUGAAUAAGUAGGCAGGAUGAUUUUUACAUCAUUUUAAAGAAAAAACUCUAGACUACUAGAUUCUGUUUAGGAAAGUCUUGUUAAAACAUGUUUAGUAUGGGUUUUGUGGACUUAUAUCAGUGACUUAAAAUUUUUGCUUUUUUAAAAACCACGCAUAAACCUUUUUCUCUCAACAAUACAAACAUGUACAUACAUGUAGCUCAUAUAAUAUUUUAGCCCAGUUUGUGCUGAACACAGUGGUAUGAGACACUUGCCAUUAUUAUGUUUUAAAGCAACUGAAAAAAGACCAAAUGUAAGAGCAUGUCAGAACCUCUGACAGUGUCCAAAAAUGGUCGGAUCCCAGAGGGUUAAAAAUCCCAGGAUGUCUUUUGAAAAAGAGGCCUACUAAUAAUCCCCUCAUACUAAUUGGCUAUUUCACUCUGUCUCCUUUCCACUAAUAUCGUUCUGACGUCAUCAGAGAGAGACGCUGAGAGAGAGACGAGGAGAGGAGUCGCAAGCCCGAAGCUCCGUUGAGCUUAUCAGCUAAAUCCUAUUUUUUCACUAUCUUAUUCCUAUCUAUAUAAUAUAACUUGUUAGUUUAUCUUAGGAAUACUUUACCUUGACGAUUACUGAAUUGUAUUACUAAGCGAAACGAUUUUAUCACUAGUAACACCCAGUGUUAGCAUAUAGCCCGCUAGCAUUUCUUACCGUCUGUUUACUUAAACCUGCCAUCGUUGGCGAUCUAAUGGCGGAUUCAUCCGAGGUAUGCUUUUCUGAUCUGUCCACACAAGAUCAGGAAGCUGUGAAGGAGGUGCUGCCCGGCCUUCGCAGAGUCAGCGUGCCUCAAAUCACCCUGACCACAGACGCUCGUAGGCGGCCGAGGCGUACUGCGAGCCAGCACCCGUCUCCAUGCAGCUUCACGGACCGCGUUCGGGCGAACGGAGACGCCAUCGCCCAGCAUGAAAACGUCAGAGCACCACGAUGAUGAGAAACGAGCGCUUAGUAGAGAAAUCAUUGUCCUCAACAAUCACCUAAUGGAAGCUAAGAUGACCAUUGACAAACUGAGAGAGGACAAUGACCUAUACAGGAAAGACUGUAACCUAGCUGCCCAGCUCUUGCAAUGCAGUAAGUCUCACUACAGAGCCCAGUUAUCUGAGCUGCCUGCAGAGUUUCAGGAACGUGUAAGCAUACACAUGGAAAGUUCUUCCCUUUGCCACUCUCCAUAUGCUGACACAGUGCCUGCCUCUGUCAUUGCCAAGGUCCUAGAGAAACCAGACGAGGUCUGCAGCAGUCAAGCCUCUCGAUCACCUAGCCCACAACCCCAGAAACGGCAGGGAUUUCUUGUGGGCACCAACCUUGUAGGUAGCACUGAACGUCCUGGUCUCCGAGCUACAUACAAGUCUGACUUGUACAGCAGUGACACAGCACUUUAUUGCCCUGAGGAACGGAGGCGAGAGCGCAGACCUAGCAUGGACCUCCAUGGGCAGUGGAAGGUCUAUAAACCCCAGAACUCCACUGACAGCAACCCAGAAGAGGGUUCCAUGUCCCUACAGCCUACCUUCUCACAAGACCAUUUCCGAAAGUUUGCCACCUCUUUGGGAGGUGGCUCUAGCUCUUACUCCAGCUUUAGUGGGGGAGGAUCAGAGGAUAAGGGUCAGGAUCCUCCUAGUAGUGCUGCAUCUUCUCCACGUCACCAUCCCCUUUACAUGGACUGGAGGGAUGGUGGGGAAUAUGAGCACAAAAGCGACUCAUCUUGGGAGAGGGAAAGUCCAAGCGCCUUUACUAAUGCCCAUGUUUUUCAACCACCUGAGUCCAGCCACCAUAAGAAUGGUAGCUCACCUAUCUACAGCAGAACUAUGUCCUCCUGUUACAGUGAACCCUUUGAGCCCCUGCCACCCUCAACCUCACCCAGUAUCACUUAUGGUGACAGUCGCCGUGGAAGUGGUUUUGUUCCUGAGGAAGAGGAGCUGAUUGGUCGAUGGCGGCAACUAAGUGUCGAGGACCUAAGUGCUCACACAUACCGCAGUCCUGGUCGGGCCUCACCCUACAGCUUCUCUGAGCAGCACUUUUCAGUCAGGCCUGCCAAAAUUCGUCUUGGUCCUCUCUACAGUAGCUUCCAAGAGGGUACUGAUGUAUACCACCAGGCAGGGGUCCUAGACCCCUUCUCUAGCCCCAGCCCUGAGUGCAGCCCAGGUUUACAUCAACAGCAAAGUCAGCCUCACUUGUACUGCUCAAAAGAGGACAGCCAAGAGUCCGAGCACAGCCUCUACAGCCCCAAGGAAGGUGGAGUGGCAGCUGGAGGCCAGACAACAGAGUAUGUUGACAUAAGUACCAACAGCUCAAAUGAGUCGCUAAAUCAUGGAUCUCUGGAGAUGGCUGCUGACCUUCAGCAUUUUCAACCUGAGAGGUGCAGUGUGUCCCCUCAGGGAACCACCCCACCACCUCCUCCACAACAACAGUACCAAAAAUUUGGCACACUAGGACUGUCACGUAAGGACAGUCUCACAAAGGCACAGCUCUAUGGUACAUUACUAAACUAAAAAAAAAAAGGUUCAUGAUUGCCCCCUCUUGUGAGUAUGUUUUGAAUGUGAAGCUACAGUUACACCCAAAUGCAUCAUGGGAUCUAAAGUAUUUUUGAUGUGGUAGCUCUUACAGUGUUACAGUGUUUUCUAAAGAUUAAACAUGAUUUGGUCAUGUUUUUACAGUUAGUAUGGAUCUCUAACAGUCAGUACUAUUUGUAUAGCUUAUUUUAAAAGUUAAUCAAUGGUUUUGUGUGGUUUGUAAAAUAAAUUGAAGGCCAUAAAGAUUAAGGUUUUUGAAAAACAUCUCUAGUUUUAAGUGUAACAGGCCAAAUUUUGUUUUACCUUUCUACCUUCACAAUAGUGUGAUAUGAAUUAACAGCACAUAUGUAUAAAUGCUAUAUAAAAGAAAUGCUAAUUUUGACAAAGGUAUGUUUUCUUAUAUAAUUGAUGAAUAGCUUUAUUAAUCAUUAUGUAAUCAAUAAUUUAAUAAGUGUAAUAUUGUGGGGAGAAACAGAAUUGUCAUAAACACAAUUCUACAGAAUUGUAAAUGACUUAUAUUGCUAAAAAUAUGGUAAUCAGCACAAUUAGACACGCUGCAUAAAAAUAUGCAUAUAAAAUGCCUCAAAUUAUUUGUCAUGAUUACAAUUUGAGAUUAUAGUUAAAUCUAUGACAAUUUCUUUUGCUGUGAUGAGCAAGACAUUUUGAAGAUAUUUUUGAAAAUAAACUCUGCAUGGAUUUAUAUUAUCCUCAGUCCAUCAAGAAAACAGAUUGCAACCAAAGCGAUACUUCAAAUCUAUUUCUAUAGAUGGUUUCAGCAGCAACAACAUAAACAAUCAGCUUUUGUGGACUAAAUGCAACUUCUGGUAGACUUCCACACAGAAUCAAUAACAACAGAAACCUUUUACAGUAGUUUAUUUCUGAUAACUAGGGAACUAAAUGACAAGUAAAUUACCGUUGUUCAUAAAUAAUAUCUAACACGUGUCAACUAUUACACUGAGUUAACAUUACUGUGUAAAAUAAUGUACAUAAUGCUAGCUACAGGUUCUUGAAAUUUUGCCUGGCUGCCAAACCACACUGCACAAUUGUAAUCCAUGCUCAUCGUCUCUCCUUAUCUUUAGGAGAGGUCAGUUUAGCUACUAGCCAUAUCGAUAAAUAAAUACGGACUGGAAGUUCAGUUUAGGCAUGUAAUCUCGACAACUCGUGUGCAUCUAAUGAAAUGGAUUCAAAGAAUUCAAGGAUCUGUUUUUUUUGCUUGAAAUAAUCUACUCUAGAGGAACUCAGUUGUUAUUGAUUUUUUUUGUGGAAGUCUACUGGAAGUUAAGUUCAGGCCAUGACAGCUGUUUGUUAUGUUGUUACCAGGGGCGCAUUUCGAUAAACUACCUGAGAUACCUAAACUGUCCAUUUAUUUCUGAUAUCAAGCUACGUUGCGCAAGUUAUGUUGCACAAGUUACGUUGACACGUAGGCCUAGUUAUUUAACCUUAUCAAAGAACCUAUUAAAAUAUGAAAAAUAUAUAUAUUCCCAAAUAUUUAUAUAGGCUAUAGGGAAUUUGAUGCAACAUAUAUGGUUUUUAUUUUGUUUUUUAUGAUAAAGUUGCAAUUUCUUUACCCGACCCAACCCGCGGGUUACUAGACGACCUGCACCUCACUAUUAGACACAUUAAAGUUAGAAGACAGGGACGCUUCUGGCUCAUAAAAGAAUGCAGCCUGUUUUUUACCAAGGCUAUCUUUAUAAAUGGCCGCUCACCGGUGGCAUUUGUUACAGGUAGCGUGAGAAAUAAGCAGAGAACAAUGUCUAUGUUUGAAAAUGUACCACCAUUUGUAACACUUCAGUUCAGGUUAGUUGAGGUAGACUCACUCAAAUCUUUCAUGUGCACAUUCGCAGCUGAACUACCAACAUUAUCAGUGCCCAUAAAGAGUGUAAAUGUUUGCUCACUUUUAGGGUGCCUCUCAAUUCUAUAUUGUGCAUCCUGGUUUUCUUUCCUCGCUUUCUUUCCUCACAUCUUAGCUCCACCCUUUUAGAAUGCAAUUGAGAAAAGACGAGAGGAUGGAGAAGUUGAAGCAUGAAGUAAAAUGGCUUAUCCUCAUUUCUUACUCUUUAUAUAAAGUUAAUUUUCUAUUAUCAAAUUAUCAAGUGCAUUAAAAAUCAAACUUACUUUAAGACGUGAUGUGUCAAGGGGGAGAAGAUUUAUAUGUGCAUCAGGUUUAAUUGAAAAAACACUUCUGCAUUGUGUAUCCUUGUCAUGGCUCCUUAGGAAGCCUCCUAACUGCUCGUUCCUCACCUCCUUGUGAUGCAAUUAAAGAAUUGGGAUGUCCUUCAAGAUAGCAAAGCUUGAUCGGUUUUUGGGUCAAAGGAUGUCGGAGUUAGGAAAAUAGGAAGCAUAUUGAGAAGCACCCAGUGUGUUGUUCUAAAAGCUCUGUUGUUUUAUUGCCACUGUCUUGAUUGUCUGCAGGCCACGUUUUAGAUCCAUGCUGGUUGUCACUCUGUAAAGCAUCAUCUAAAAGCUGAUUAGACCCAUCUGCAGGCUUAAAAUAUCCUGAAAUGUUCAAAAGCUGCUGAUUGCACUGUUCCAUCAAUUUGUGCAUUUUUCUUUUCUGUGCCCCACUAUUCUGCUUCUAUUCUGCUUGUUGCCUUGCUCUCUCAUGAGGCAAUGAUUUCGGUGGCAGCCUUCAUAGACAUCGUAAUGGAAUUCUUUUUUUACAUUUAAACAGAAAGCACAUUUGUGAUAACUAAUCCCAUAUUGAAUACUGCAAUACUAAUUUCUCGCUAGAAUUGCAAUCAAAAGGUGUAAAAAGUGAAAAUAUAACAUUAUUUACUAUAAAUUUGUGCUCCAGCCUUUCAUGGCCACCAUUUUGGUAACACUUUACGGUAAUGGUACAUGAAUUAUCAUGAAUUCAUGUAUAAAUUCAUGCAUGAAAUAUGCAUUCAUUUAUGCAUUAAUAUCUCAUGAAUCAUCAAGAACUAACACGAGUUCAACGUCUUUCAUUCAUGACUUCAUGGAUGAACAACACCUUAAUUAAAACAUUAACUAAGAGGAGUACAUCAUCAUGAAUUAUGAUUUAUUACACAUGAUCAUGAGGUUUUCUUUGUUCACAAAAAAAUCGGUCUUCACCACCCAUUGUGGAUA